AACCCGCUCCACUUCCUCCUCUUAUUUCAAACAAACUUCUUUUCACAAAUACAUUUAUACAGACUCUCUCUCGUAUUCAUCUCUCACUCUUAUAAACCAAAUAUAAGCAAUGAUUCCGGCGGAAAUCACCGGAUAUUAUCAAUAUAUUUUGCCGGAGACCUUAACAACAAUCCCAGCUGAAUUUAAUAUACUGAACAUGCCCUCAUCUCCAACCUCUUCCUCUUCAUUAAACUACCUAAAUGAUCUCAUCAACAACAACAACAACUAUUCCUUAUCAUCCAACAGUCAAGAUUACAUGAUGAGCAACAACUCAACUUCUGACGAAGAUCAUCAUCAACAUCAUCAGAGCAUCAUGGCACUCGACGAGAGGAAACAAAGGAGAAUGCUUUCAAACAGAGAAUCCGCGAGGAGAUCUAGGAUGAGGAAACAGAGACAUCUUGAUGAGCUCUGGUCUCAGGUGAUAAGGCUUCGCAACGAGAACAACUCUCUUGUCGAUAAGUUGAACCGCGUAUCUGAGACUCAAGGUAGCGUAUUAAAGGAGAACUCUGAACUCAAGGAAGAAGUUUCUGAUCUCCGAAGGCUUGUAUGUGAACUAAAAUCUAACAAGAACAACAACAAUAACAACAACGACAACAACAGUUUUGUAAGUGAGUUCGAAGAUGUUUAGUAUUUCCUCAAACUGAAUUGAAGGGGCAGAGAUUUUGGGUUUGUAUUAUUAUCUGUAUCAAAAGAAAAUAAAUCGGGAUUUUGGGUUUUGGUUGAUUCUCGAGUACAAGGUUGGUUAAUGGUAACGAUUAUGUAUUAUACUUUACCAUAUGUAUGUGUAUAUUGAAGUUAAAUAAUCUAACUUAGUUCUUCAGCUAAUCUCUCUUUUAAUUUGUA